AUGGCCGCUGCUCCUCAUCCUGUUGCUGGAAACAUUUUAUCAUUGUCUAGUUUGCUACUGGCGGACUAUUUUCGGCGGCAGGCAUCCCCGCCGGAGCGCCGUGCGGGCUGCCCUGCAGCCUCGCCCUCACGGCCGCCGUGCGUGCCCGAGCCCGCGGCGUGCUGGGGCCGAGCUCCGCCAGGGCCGGGGCUCGGCAGCGGCCCCACAGCGCCCAGGGAGCUGGGCGGCGGGGCCCAGCCUCCGCAGGGGUCUCGGGGCUGCCAUCCCCACCUGCCCGCCCGCUGCCGCCACCGCCCCUCCCCGCGCCGGGACGCCCUCGGCCGCCGUGCCCCUCACGGCGGGCCCCAGCCGGAGCCUCCCGCACCCGCCCGGCCCAGCCCCCGGCCCUUGCCCACGCACCGGCCCCGCCGCCCGCCUCGCUCCGGGGCCAGCCGCGCCCCUGGGCCGGGCCGGGGCCGCCGCUCCGCCCGCCGCCAGCCCUGA